CGCACACCACGUGAUUUGAGACCAAUAGGUGGCGUGUAUGUCACGGCGCGACUCCUUGUAUGAGGAAGUGCUGAGAAUAAUGGCGUCGCAUCAUUCCGUUCUCUCUCUCUCUCUCUGUUUCUCUCUUUCUCUCACACACACACACACACACUUCACACGGGGAUGGGUGCACAAAAUAACAUAACUCCAGCGCCGUGAUGUCAUAUCCGGUUUUCUUCACACACUGUAGACGCUCACGCGCGCGCGGUGUAUUUUGAGUCACUCAGCAUUAAUAAUAAUGUUUUAGAAACUUAUUACAGAUGUUUAUUAUGUAACGUUUCCAUCCAGCUGUUGACCUCUGGCGCGCUUUCGUGACGUCAUAGCUGCAGUGAAAGAAGUUGUGCACCGGUCACACCGAUGCGUCGAUGGAGAGGUGUGGUUCUGCAGCGUCACGUGACCCGGGCGUUGGCGGUGUGUGUGCUGACGUUCGGUGUGGUCCUGCCCCUGUGCUGCCAUCGCUCUCUCUACUCCUACUACUUCCUGAAGUCCUGGUACCUGGAGGAGAGGAGCUCCGAGGCUCUGAGGCAGGGCUACAGGGAUGGUCAGGAGGCUCUCCAGCAUUGGCAGGACGUCGCAGUGGGUGGAGCCGUGCAUGGGGGCGAGCAUGAGGGGGCGGAGCUCCUGGUGACGGUGGUGACAGCACGCAGGACCGACGGGCUUCAGUAUCACUACCUGCUGCAGGUGAUGCGGCGCCUGGACGAGCUCCUGCGGGGUUGCGGUGACGUCCCAUGCGCGGCUGUGAUGGUGUGCGACGUUGAAGGUGGUCCCCAGGAGAACGAGGAUGCGGCCCUGGUGGAAAAGCGUUUCCGCGUGGUGAGGCGGGGGAAAGGCUUGGACCAGGACGUGAACGUUUUUGAGAAGGAGAAGAGAGAUUACGUGUUCUGUUUGCGUAGGAGCAUGGAGAUGCUGAAGCCGAGGAACGUGGUGGUGCUGGAGGACGACGCUCUACCCACCACCGACUUCUUCUCCAUCGUCCGUGACUUACUCGGCCGUAAGUUCAUCUCGCGCUCGCUGUACGUUAAGUUGUAUCAUCCUGAGCGUCUGCAGCGCUACUGGAACCCAGAGCCGUACCGAAUCUUGGAGUGGGUGGGGCUUGGUGCGUUUGGGGCGUCGCUGAUUCUUUACCUCCUGGCCUUUUUCCCUCGCUUUUUUCCGCCCUUCUCUGUGCCUCUCUUCCUUUUUUUGGUGGUCUACAUCAUGGUGGGGGCGGAGCUUAUAGGACGACACUAUCUGCUGGAGUUGAGGCGUGUCUCUCCGCAGCUGUACGCCGUGUCUCCGGCCACCGAGUGCUGCACACCUGCCAUGCUGUUCCCGGGGAACACGUCGUCCCGCGUCGCCCAGCUGCUCGACGUCGCCUGGUGCAUGAAGGGAAACGCUAAGGACAUGGUUCUGUACCGCCAUGCUGACUCCGCCCACAGCCUUGAACCCAACGCCAUCCAGCACAUCGGGGCUUUUUCCUCUGUCAGAGUGAAUCCACUGCACCCACAACUCCUCUAAAAAUCACUCAGGAACCAAACAUGAAGGAUUCAUCUGAACCGAAAACUAUCUCAAUCUGAGUGUCUCAAUUAAUCAGACUCUCAAUCAGACUCUCAAUCAGACUCUCAAUCAGACUCUGAAACUGAUUUACAAUCAUAACUAGAAACAGAAUAAUCCGUCUCUUUCUCCGUCUGUCUCACUCUUUCCGUCUGUCUGUCUCUCUCUCUCUCUCUCUUUUCUGUACUGUAGUUGGAAGUGCCUUGAUUCCUCCAUCAGGAAUAAAACACAUGACCUUUUGACCUUGGUGAUGAUCAUGGUGCAUGUCAGACACCUGCCUGUAAUAUGUAAAUGAGUGUGUAUGAUGAUGUCAUAAUCAGCCUUAGGCACUAACGAGUCUUAGCACUCUGCUUUUGUACACUACCUGGUGCACUUAGUAGUGUUUUUACUACAGACCCCGCCCCCUUUUUACACUUUCACCUGUAAACACCAAACCAAAACACAGCCAGUGAUCUAAGAGCCUGGAGAACCCUGCUGCAGUGUGUGUGUGUGUGUGUGUGUGUGUGUGUGUGUGUGUGUGUGUGUGUGUGUGUGUGUGUGUUUUAUAAAACAUACUUUAUUUUAUGCACCAGUCUGCUGUGUAACGUGGUGUGUGUUGCUGUGUGAAACAUGACGUUGUACACCUGAACACGUCUGGCUCCAGAGAGGUGUCAUGGUUCUGAAUCACAUGACACGUGCGUAAACACACUAAUAAAAGAGUUUCAGCUCUCA